AGCCAUUAGGAAUUCUGGUACACCCAAGUCAACAAACUCAACAGAAAGAAGGAAAAUGAGCGUUUUCGGCAAGUUGCUUUCGCCGACGGCCAUCUUGGAUGUGUGCCUCAAUAAUCUCGCGACCGUUGGCAUCUUCGUCGUUGUCUUCAUCCUCGCGUGGUUGCUCCUUUCGAUGCCGAAGAACCUGCCACCCGGGCCGUGGGGUUUACCUAUUGUGGGCUAUCUGCCUUUCAUUAAGCAUGAUUUAGCAAUGACUGCGACGGAAUUCGGCAGAAAGCAUAACACAGAAAUUGUAACCAUUAAAGUUUUUAACCGACGCUUCACUGCGCUGAAUAACCUUGAUCUUGUCAAGGAAUUCAUGGUCAAGAAAGAUAACCUCACAGACAGGCCCAGCGAUGGCGGACUAUUAGAGACUUUCCAUCCAGGACAUAAAGGUCUCCUCAACUCCAGCGGACCCCUGUGGAAGGAGCACCGGCGCUUUGCCCUGACUGUCUUCAGAGACUUCGGCAUGGGAAAGAUAGCCGUCGAGGAAAAGGUUGGAGACGAGCUCGAAGGCACCAUUAAGGCAAUUAAUGAUACCAAAGGCCUCCCCUACAACCCACAAGACAUGGCCAUGGGUGCCGCCUCCAACAUUGUCUGCAAUAUCAUCUUUGGACAACGUUUCGACUACAAAGACAAAGACUUCAUUAAGUAUCUCCGUGCCAUCAACCGUAUCUCGAAUGCAGGAACCAACAGCGCUGAUGACGCCCGGACUCCCGUCUUCUUCAAGUGGAUGCGGUUCCUUCCGUUCGACAUGUUCGAAUAUCACCAAACGAAAGAAGCCUUUGAUAUUCUCACGGGCUUCACGGAGGAGCAGAUAGCAAAGCACAAGGCCGAACUGGACGUGAGUAACGUGACCGAUUACAUCGAUGCCUACCUGGUCAGAUUGUCGGAGGAGUCUGAAAAAGCAUCGACUUUUACAAGCUUCCAACUCACCUGCGAGAUCGUCGACUUAUUCUUCGCCGGAACAGAGACCACUUCCACCACCCUACGCUGGGCAAUCUAUUACAUGGCCAAGUACCCCGAGAUACAGGCACGAGUCCAGACUGAAAUCGACGCCCAGAUUGGCAAAGACCGCCUUCCCACUAUGAAAGAUAAGCUAUUGUUACCAUACACUGAGGCUGUGCUCAUGGAGAUCCAGCGAAAGGCGACAAUCCUCACCUUCGGCGUCCUACACUCAAACAAUGAGCAAGACAUCACAAUCGGAGGCUACACCAUUCCGAAGGCAAGCAGAGUUGGCGCCAACGUUUAUGCCAUCCACCACGACCCUAAAAUCUGGCAGGACCCUGACCACUUCAAUCCUGACAAUUUCCUUGAUAGCAAUGGGAAACUGAAGAACCAGGAUAAACUUAUCCCAUUUCUUAUUGGGCGUCGAUCAUGCAUCGGGGAGGCGCUGGCCAGGAUGGAGUUGUUCAUGUUCUUCACGGGCUGGUUACAAAGGUUCACCAUCAGCUGUCCGAAGGGCCAGACCAUACCUAAAGGAAGGAUGUAUUCUAUUAUCAAACAGCCCAAGGAAUAUCAGGUGUGCUUCACCCCUCGUUGAGAUGUUUGACCAGUUUCAAAAUAAAGACUCUUUACCAGUUUCUUAACCAGAGCCUAUUCGCCAGUGUGGUAGUUUGCAUGUCCAAACGCUUGAGAAAAUCAACUUCGAUAUCAGCUUUGCCGCGUUAUAUUUUUACUGGUCAGCAGAAUUAUAUCUUGCUCGUAUUUACUCUCAAAGUAUACAUGUAAUAAUCAAACUAUUUAUACAAUAAACCUUGUUAGUUUCUUCUUUGCUCUGUAUUAAUAUUAUGAAAGAUAAACUGACAGUAAUGAUUUCCAGAACAGUUUCCUCCGAUUUAACUGGCCUACCAAACUACUUUCCCAACUUUGUUUUAUUACGAAUAACAUGGGGUGCAAAUACAUGUUUUCUGAGUACAAGAAUAUGAUGCAGUCGUACGGGUGACUUACAAUGUCCAAGACUACCUUUCAGGGUGGUCGCUAUUACAUGCUAAUUGCUAUCCGUCAAUUAGUCUCUAUGAUACGAUAAUGAACCUAAAGCCUUCACAUUAGAAAUAAUAAAUAUGUUUUUUUGAUAAA